CAUCCCUAAUUCAGCGCAGCCACGCAGGCGGAGGUCGCGGAGGCGUCGAGUCGACCGAAGCUGUGGCCGCCGCUCCCGAGCAAGAGAAGCGGAAGAAGGAAGUCCACCGCGCGAAACGCCGGAGAUGCCGCCGGGGGCCUCGCCGGCGGCGUCGGCGGAGGCCUGGACGUGGGAGAACGCCGCCGCAGGAGCGGCCGCCGGCUUCGCCACCGUCGCGACCCUCCACCCGCUCGACGUCGUCCGCACCCGUUUCCAAGUGAGCGGCGGGAGGGGAUGCUACGACUUGCCGCCGUACAGGAACACUGCGCACGCUGUGUACACCAUCGCGCGAUCUGAGGGUCUGAGAGGACUUUAUGCGGGAUUUUAUCCAGCAGUUCUUGGAUCAACUGUUUCCUGGGGGCUAUAUUUCUUUUUUUAUAACAGAGCUAAACAAAGAUACUUACAAGGGAAAGAUGAUCAGCUCCGUCCAGUUCACCAUCUUGUCUCAGCUGCAGAAGCAGGUGCUUUGGUUUGCCUAUUCACAAACCCUAUAUGGCUGGUUAAAACAAGACUGCAAUUACAAACGCCUAGUCAUCAUACUUCACGAUAUUCUGGAUUUUCUGAUGCUUUGAGAACUAUUCUGAAAGAGGAGGGAUGGCUUGCGCUUUACAGAGGGAUUGGACCUGGGCUUUUGCUGGUUACUCAUGGAGCGAUACAGUUCACGGCCUAUGAGGAACUUCGCAAAGCUUUGAUAUUUGCCAAAAGUAGACAGACAAGAACAGACAACAGAAGCUGCGAUGAUUCCUUGAAUUCCAUUGAUUAUGCGGCACUUGGGGCUGGUUCGAAAGUAACUGCCAUUCUGCUUACUUAUCCUUACCAGGUCAUCCGAGCACGCUUGCAGCAACGACCUGGUAGUGAUGGCACUCCAAAGUACAAAGAUAGCUGGCAUGUAGUGAAAGAAACUGCAAGGCAUGAAGGUGUCCGUGGAUUUUACAGGGGCAUCACAUCGAAUCUGCUCAAAAACCUUCCGGCAGCUUCCCUUACAUUUGUGGUGUAUGAAAAUGUGAUCAAAUUAUUCAAAGCAGCAAAGGAGAAGACAUAAUAUUUCCAAUUGUUCCCAGGAGAAACAAGAAAAGAAUGUGCGUCAUGAAAUACUGAGCCAAUCCCACCUUCUGGAGUUCGAAGCAACAUUCAUCUUCAUUGCUGCGUUAUUGUCUCAUCCACUUAACAUGCACAGGCUAGAGAAAUGUUACAUGAGAGAAGUUGCGAUUGACAUAAUCGCCGUAGAUUUUGUUUUGAGGAACAUAGAUCAGUUUUUGUUUCUUCCUGAAGUAGUUCUUCCUGUAGUCCAGUUGAAUACAGUUUUUGGAUCCUUAUGUAAUCGGGAGCCUUUACAGGUCUACCCAUGUGCAUGUGUACAUCCACCAUGUCUACGGCUGCUCAACUGAGUUACAACAGUUGUAUAAAACUGAAGUAAUGCCAGACAAAAUUACACCAUAUGUUAUUAUGUUCCAAA